AUGAAAAGGAAACAAACAUCAACAACAAAGAUUUUUGACUUUUUAAUAUCGGGCUUGAUGGAUGGUGUCAAAGAAGUAUUGAAUCAAUGUUUUGAAAAAGUAGAUUAUCUAUCAUAUCAUUUUGGUUUCAAAUAUGAAUUCACCUGCAGUAUCCAAAAAGGUGAAAUUAUUUGGUGGUCUGGACCAUAUCCAAGAAGCCAAGCAGACAUUGACAUAGCUCGAUACGAAGAGGGAAUUCUUUCAAGUGAAAUACUACAAUAUAAAGAAAGAUUCAUUGGAGAUAAAGCUUAUCAAGGUGAGAGAGAAUCGUUCAAGGCAAUGAUAAAGAAACCAAGAGGCGGUACACUUACUCCUUUGGAAAAGGAAUUCAAUGCUUUCUUAUCUUCGAAAAGAAUCAUCAUUGAGAAUGAGUUAAUUAAUGUUUAA